AUGGGAAAGCUUGUCAAUAGUUUUCAAUUAUUCGCUGUUAUAGUUUCGGCUAGCCCGCUGAGAGCUGUUGCCGUUCCAUGUGAUAGUAUUUUCGGCUGUAUUGGACAAAUUAAAUGUGCUCCGGACGAAUACUGGGCACCGACCGCUUCCCUCGGUGGGUGUUGUCCCGGUUGUGUGAAAGGGCUUGGGCUGCAGCAGACCGGUUGUGAUAUGGGUAACCCUUGUGCACCAGGGUUACUAUGCACCAAGGGAGGAGUUUGUCAACUAGAUAGAUCAACCUGUUUGGCCACAAACCACAUACCGCCGAAGGUCUCGUGGAAGCCCAGCUGCGAUGCUGCGGGAAUCUACCAGCCGAAACAGUGCCGCGGUGAUCUUAUGUCCGGCCGCUGUUUUUGCUACUCCUCCACCGGAAAUCGAAUCUUCGGCUGGGAUUGGCGCGGCAAAGCCAAAGAUAUGACCUGUGCUUGCAGCCGUCGCCGCGCCGAUCUGGAAGCAACCGGUAGGAACGAUGUAACACUGCAUUGCACUUCCAACGGAAACUAUGAGCCGCUGCAAUGCGAUGGCGGUGUUUGCUGGUGUGCCGAUGCGAAAACUGGCGAACCUUGGCCACGGGUACCCGGCGUAUUGCCAGCAAUGUGGAAGAAGCUGCCCUGUUAUAACAGUUCCCUUCAUGGUGAUCAGUACUUGCGACAAUGUGAAAGUGAGUCGUUUGCACAAAAUUUAAUUGAAAAAAAGUUUGCCAUCCACGGGCAAAUGGAUGUGACCCACACGUACACAGUGUGCGACUACGAUGGAACAUACGGAAAAUACGAAAUAGAACGUGGCAUCGCAUAUUGCACCUGGCGUGAUGGGAACCGCAUUACACCGUUUCAAACGAGCAGCCUGAAACUGAAUACGAUGGACUGUAAUUGUGCCCGCGAUCAGAAAAUAUUCGCUGCUGCCGGCAUCGAUAUGGUUCUACUGUGCGAAGGAAGUGGAAGCUACACACCGCUGCAGGAUCGUAAUGGGGAGCUGUUUUGCGUUGAUCGGCAUGGGUUCGAGGUAGCGUCGCAGGUAACAACGGAGACCGAUUGCGCCGAAUACAUGUUCAUGUAA